AUGGGAUUCGACGGUGACGCAGGAGCCACGGAGACAAACAUGUCCUCCAACUUGGAAUUGGGUUCUUGCAAGAUGAUUUCGGAUUUGAAAACCCGAUGUGAGGAAUUGGAAGACGCCUUAUAUAUGCUCGAUUCCACAAGAAAAGAAAUUGAAGGUCAGAUAAACCAGUGCUUUCAAACCAUUUUCCGAACUCUUGAAGAACGAAAAGCUAUUCUAUUUAGCGAUUUAGAAACCUCUUUACAGAAACGCCGAAAAAACAUUGAAGAGUUGAUUAAGAAUAUUGAAGAAAGAAGUCAAAAGCUUACGGUUACAACAGAAAUGAUUAAACAGUAUCAAAUAAGCGAAAAAGGAUGCCCAAACGGCAACGAAAGCGUAAAGAAUGAAGAACUCAAUCACGAAAGCGGUCGAAAAAAUGCUGAAGAACAAUUGAGAUCCCUCCUAUCAGUCCCCAUACCAAUUCAUCCUUCAGCUACAGACAUAAUGUCCUACUUCCCAAUUGAUCUAGAUAAACUUCUGAGCCUCGUUAAAAACUUUGGCGCUAUUGGAAUGACAAGUGUGGAUUCCGAUCAAACCAGUCUGAUAGAAUCUGAUUCAAAUACAGCUCAUGUUAUGCAAUGUGUUGCAGGUGAAGUUUACUUCCAAAAGGUUCGUGCUGUGGAUAGCCAAGGUCGCGAUGUUAAUACAGUGAAUUCAAAGGAGUUUUCAGUAAGUCUAACCAAUCGGCCUGUUCAGAUGAAUGAGGUGACUGUUAUUGAUCCCAGCUCAAAAUCGGAUACUGGUGAACACGACAACCAUGUCAAGAUCCGUAUCAGACUCGCAAAUCCCGGUUUUUAUGAGCUUAAUGUGAAAGUUCUUGGUGAACACAUACGAAAUUCGCCCUACAGAGUGCACUGUUUACCCAAAAUUGGUCCCUCGGCCAAGGAAUGGCAACAGGUAUUUAAUGAUCUUAGCGAACGAAUCGAAAUGCGACGUGGCGCUCUUCAGUAUAUUAAACGAUCCAAAUCGGAAAUCCAUCUUCCCAAACUCCAACCUCCUCCACAGGCGCUAGCGAACAAACUGGCUUGGAACAAGGUUGGAACAAUUUUUGCAAUUGGAGCCCGCGGUAGAGGUGUUUCAGAGUUUGCUUCACCUCAGGGCGCUAUGUUUACCAGAGACUCCAAAUUAGUCAUUGUCGACAGUAAUAAUUCAAAUGCACAGGUAUUAGUUUAA